CGACAACGUAGAGGUGGUUUUUGUUGUUUCAUCCCAACUCUUUCUGAUAUUUGGAUCGUGUCAGCGCAGGAGCGGCGACAGCGGCAGUGGCUAAGCUAAGCUAGGCUAGGCCUGAAUCUCCCAUCUCAAAUACUUAUGGACUUUGCAAAACAAACCUAACAGUCUCCAGGAUCGCGUGUGAAUGGAGCAGUGUGCGAGUACGGCCUCCCUGCUGGCCUCGGUGCGGGAGCAGGAGAGGCAGUUUGAGAUGCUGAGCCGAGCUCUGGAGGAGGAGCGGAGGUCGUGUGCUGGCACCUUGCCCCGCCCCCUCCCCAACAUGCAGAACGGCCGCAUUCCUUGUGAUGCAGACAUAGAAAGGCUGACAUUGAACGAGGGUUACAUCAACGGGACACAUCACUUCAGGAUGGAGCCUGGUCAGGUGGUGCAGGAGACAUUCACGGUGGAGGAACAACCCCAGGAGAUGCCACCUAUUGUGUCUGUGGAGACCAGUGAAGAUGGGACAACGAAGCGUACAGAAACCACAGUAAAGAAAGUAGUAAAGACUACCACCACCCGCACAGUCAUCCCUUCUGUGUCAGACACACUGUCAAUGGAUGGUGGAGGCUCUGUGACAGGUGGAUACACUACACCCGCGGACCGAAUCUACAGGCAGGGCCCUGGAGUUGCUGUGCCAAUGGACUACCCCACUCAAACUGUGCCCCGAAACUACCACUACGGACCUCCAGUGGGACCUUAUGACGACUACCGCGGUGGACCUCCAUCUGAGGUCUAUACAAGCCUCAACAGGGGAGCUCACAUGGAUGAUCGCUACAGACCGGUUCAUCCAGAUGGGUAUAGGACUCUAGAUCCCAACUACAGAGCCCCCAGUAGGAACCAGUUGGACCCCUAUGCUGCUCAGCCACAGGUUGGGCCUAUGGGAAGUGGUAUGGAGCUUUCCUCCAUUCCAAGGUUUGUUCCAGAGCCAUACGGUCUGGAGGAUGACCAACGCAGCAUGGGCUUUGAUGAGCCCGACUAUGGCAUGGGACCUCCAAUGCAUUACAGCACUGUGCCCCGCAACCCCCAUGCUUACCCUCGUGCUCCGCCUCGCAGGACCGGGAGCUAUGAGGGCCUCUUGGAUGGCGACAUGAGCGGUGCAGGAGAUUACUACUGGGGUGGUGGUGUGCCGCUGGCUCAGGGUGAAAGAGGGAGCAUGGCUUCAUUGGACAGCACUCUAAGGAAAGGCCCUGGCCCCGGUGGCUGGCGUCAGCCAGAGUUGCCUGAGGUCAUCGCCAUGCUCAACUACAGGCUGGAUCCCGUCAGGAGCAACGCAGCUGCUUAUCUGCAGCAUCUCACCUAUAAGAAUGAUAAGGUGAAGUCCGAUGUGCGUCGUCUGAAAGGCAUUCCAGCACUGGUUUCUAUGCUCGACAACCCACACAGAGAGGUUCACUACGCAGCCUGUGGCGCACUAAAGAACAUCUCAUAUGGCAAAGAUCAAGACAAUAAGAUAGCCAUCAAGAACUGCGAUGGCGUCCCGGCUCUGGUCAGGCUGCUGAGGAAGACUCAUGACCAGGAUCUGACGGACGUUAUCACAGGAACGCUGUGGAACUUGUCAUCUCAUGAUUCUGUGAAAAUGGAGAUUGUGGACCAUGCGUUGCACGCCCUCUCCGACGAGGUGAUGGUUCCCCAUUCAGGCUGGGAGCGAGGGAGCAACGGAGCAGGUGGUGGGGAGGAAAAUUGCAAGCCCAGACAUCUUGAAUGGGAGACUGCCCUCACCAACACAGCAGGCUGCCUGAGAAAUGUGAGUUCAGAGCGAAGUGAGGCGAGGAGGAAGCUCAGGGAGUGCACGGGAUUGGUCGACUCGCUCAUGUACAUUGUCAAGUCCCAAAUUGACUGUAAAGAUGUGGACAAUAAGUUGACAGAGAACUGUGUGUGUCUGCUGAGGAACCUGUCCUACCAAGUGCACCGUGAAAUCCCCAACCCUGAGCGCUACCUGGAGGCCACACCAAACCACCAAGGCCCCGCCUACUCCAGCAAUAAGGGCAGUUGCUUCGGUUCCCGCAAGAGCAAAGAUGAGUGGUUUUCCAAAGGAAGGAAAGAUGAGGAUACAGCUGAUGAUACAAUAGACAUUCCAAAAAGGACCUCACCCGCUCAAGGCUAUGAGCUCUUGUAUCAGCCGGAGGUGGUUCGCAUCUACAUGUCUCUGGUAAAGGAGUCCCAAAACGCCACAGUGUUGGAAGCUUCAGCUGGAGCUAUUCAGAACCUGUGCGCUGGACACUGGACUUAUGGCAGAUGCAUCCGUGCCUUGGUGCGCAGGGAGAAAGGUUUAUCCAUGAUGACGGAGCAGCUGGCUCAUAACAACGACCGUGUAGUCCGAGCCAUGUCCGGAGCCCUUCGCAACCUGGCCAUUGAUGGGCGAAACAAAGAGCUACUAGGUAAACAUGCGGUGCCUAACCUGGUAAAUAACCUGCCUGGUGCUGGUCAGAGUCAGCCGGUGCGAGCAGUGUCAGAAGAGACGGUGGUGUCUAUACUGAGCACGCUCCAUGAGGUGCUGGGCUCCAGUAUGGAAGCAGCCAAGACCCUCAGGGCUGCGAAUGGCAUCGAGAGACUGGUGCUCAUCAACAAGGAUGGUAAUCGUUCAGAUCGGGAGGUGCGUGGAGCCGGCCUAGUGUUGCAGACAGUUUGGGGCUACAAGGACCUGCGGCGCACUUUGGAAAAGGAUGGCUGGAAGAAGACAGAUUUCAUGGUCAACUUAAACCCUCCCACCAACAAACCCAACGGAUAUGAGGAAAGCACUCUGCCGCUUAUAGACAAAGGUGGCAAAAGUGACCGGGAAAUGAUUCCAAUGAAUGACAUGGGACCAGAUGCCUACUCCACACUGGACCAGACGGGGAGAAGGAACACUCUGGAUAACACACUCGGACCUACUGACAAAGAUUUAGAUCAGGGAGGGAUGUAUGGGGAGAGGCAGGCCUCCUUGCCUCUAAUGGAUUCUUACGAUGAAAAACUGAUUGUGUGCAUCACAAGACGACAGCCUCCUCCCACUUACUGCCCUUGCUGAACUGACAAUGGGGGACUACCGCUACACUACCGACAUGACUAAACUUCAUCCCUUACACUCACUCUCUUGCAGCUUCUCUUCCUCCCUCUGUCUCUCUGUUACAUUCCUCCAUUGCAGUUUAAACACUCGAAUGAAACCAUAUGGAAAACUGACGAUGCUCUGCAUUCCCUGUGGACAGCCGGAUGUGACACUACGACCACUUGACUCCAAAACCACUCCAUCAGCACUACAGCUUGCUUGGACAACACUAAUGCUCUCUUUCUUUGAGACUGUGGCUUCUUUGGUAUUUUCUUGGAGGUCAGAGCAAAGACUAAUUAAACUAAUUAAAAAGGAACUGUUGGAAUCAUAUCAGGACACUUUAUGGUGAGAUUUUCCAUAAAUGGCUAACACACUCUUGUUUUGAAGAAAUCGAGGGAAUGUGUCAUUGGUUUUCUCUCUCUCUUUCCUUAAUGGUCACACACUACAAAAUAUGAGUAAUUUCCUACCGCUGGGAUCUUGUAUUUAUCUGUCUAAUUAGAUAUGUGUACAGCUUCUGCUUCUGUUUUGGUAGCGGUUGUUCCUCUACUCGCUUUGCUGUGUACUUUUCGUUACGUACGCGUGCCAAAUGACACUGCUACUGCUGUGACUGCCACUGCUAACGCGCAACAUGGCACACUCAGACUUUUCUCCAGCAGCUACACUGAAAACUUGUCAUCCGCUUUGUUCGUUGGCAUCUUGUGUUGGUGACAGCCCAAAGAUGCACGGGCGUGCUGCUUGUUUCUGCAUUUGAUUGUGAUGAUCCACAACUGUACAAGGUUAGUUAUACAGCCAGAAAUAAAGCAGACGAAUGAU